CCUUGACUGCAGUCAUGGGUAAACGUACGGCCUUUGAGACCGACCUGCAAAACACCCAUGACGGCCGAAGCCUCAAGCGACAGCGCGUCGCGGGCUUCACAGAGUGCAAUCCCGCUGCACCUUCCGUCCUGGCAGAGGAUGUGACGUCUGCACACCAAUUGCAGAAAUGCCUUGUGUUUGAGCAAGGCACGGCUUCUGGUCUUCGCUCUGGGUUGAACCUGUUCAAGUCGUUCCUGGAUUCCAUCCUCUAUCCAGCUGACGAAGAGGACCUUCCCCGCAGACAUGCCAUCCUCCGAGACUAUCUCGACUCUCAGAAGGGCAAGGGACGAGACGGCAAGGACACAAUGUUCCUUCCGAACUUCAUCCAAGCAUGGGACUUUUCGGUCGAGACCAAUUUCGAGGCUCUGCUUUUCCAGGUCACGGCCACCCUCGCUCUCUUGUUCAAGGCCUUCUCCAGCGAUGCGGCCUUGCACCAGUAUGCGACGCUUCUUUGCAAAACAAUCUUACAACCAUCUGUUGCCCGACGCCUGAAUCGCAGCCUGUCUGCCGCUCCUUCCAAGGAGAAUAUCAUUUCGCCGGUUUUGCGACUUUUGACUGAAAUCACAAAGUUUAACGAGGGCGCUCAUGCAAAGGCUGUCUAUGCGAAGAGGGACUUCACGCUUGAUCCAAAAGUGCUUAGCAGGAACCUUGGGUUGUGGAGAGAGGGCCAAGAUCAGCGCAAACCAAGCAUCCGAAUCAAUGCAGUUCGAUAUCUUCUAGCGCACCUGAGAUACCAGGAUGAAUUCGCUAAAGCCGACAUCCUUUCAAAUUCCAUCGUUGUGCGAGCUGUCUUUGACCACCUGCACUCUGACCCACCUUUCCUGGUGCUGGAGAUCUUGGAUGUCAUGAGUAACCAUGUCUUUCAGGAUAAGGCCAUUCCAAGGCGGGUCAAAAGUCGCAUCCUGACAGGGAAGACGCUUUCCCAUAUCGCUAGCCUCUACAAAUAUCAAAGCUCGGAAGAAUCCCUCUCGAACGAUAGGAAAGGUCCUGAUGUAGCAGCCCAUGAGUUCCUAUGCAUGGUAUGCACUUCUCCAACAUGUGGCGUCAUGUUGUCAUCGACUGGAUUUUAUCCUCCGAUAAGUGAUAGAGACGACGGGGACGUAAAAAUAGAUGAUGCAGCAGACUUGUCAAUCGAUUUCGGAUUCGAUCUAGCAGAUGGCCCCGAGAGCGAAACUCGCAUUCGGAAUGUGAUAUUGGGAGAAUUCAUCCAGUCUCUAAGACCGUACGCAAACACUUUGCAACAAGAAUUAUUGAUUGCCAUCUUCAAGGCUAGCCCGGAGCUUGUCGCCAAUUAUUUCCUCCACAAGGAAUCCUUCCAUUACGACCCGAAACUCACGUCCACGUGGGUCGGGUAUUCAGCGUUCCUGUACCAGACGAUAGAGCUCCCCGUUCCGGCCUAUUUGGGUGGUAGGUGGGGCUAUCGCGAGUACCCACCUCCGGUUCCAGUCUUGCUCCAGAGCAUUUUACCACAGCCCUUGACUCAACAAGUCCUGACGAGAUGUCUGAACCACAGCUCGGACUUGGUAAAUUUCUUCGCGAUUCGCAUCCUCGUUGCCGCAUUCCACAAGCUUCGCGCAGUUUUACUGUCAUUGCAAACCGCGUCAUUGGCAAAGCCCUCCAGUUUAUGGGAGCAAACUUCCCCUCGCCUUAUUAGGGAGUUCUGCCAGCGCUGCCCUCAGGUGAAGGCUGUCAUCCUCGCAUUCAGGCGCCCAGCUUUUCAGAAGGACUUGAUGCGAGAAGCCAUCACAAGAUUGCUGAGACUAUACUAUGAAGUUACACCUCAGGUUGCGCUUCAAGAGAAAUUCGACGUCUCUGUACCGUUGUGCAGCGCAUUAGUGCAAGCAGAGAAGUCUAUAGGAGCACCAGAGGACAAGGCGUUCCGUAUCAUGGAAGUUGAGCAUUGGAUACAGAUUGCACGGCGUUCUAACACUAUGCGCUGGUGGCAAAAGCCUAAGUCUCUCCAACACUCGCCUUUCAUGACGCUACUUAAGAUGCUCGCAACAUCCCCAGGCCUGGAAAUGUAUGCUAGGAUCAAAGCGAUUUUAGUUUCCAUAAUACAAGACCACGAUAUGCUACAGCUCACCACGAACCCAGACGCUCUAGAUGUUCUUAUCGCAAGUCUCGGAGCUUCAUGUGGGUGCUCGGUACCCAGCUUCGAGGUGCUAGAUUUCCUUGACGACUGCUGCGCGCGCUUCAUCAAAGGACCCAUCAAGUAUUUCGAUGAUCUAGACGCCUUAUAUGAAGGCCUAUCACAUGGCUACUUACGCGCUCGUGUGAGUCCACUACUAAUGACCCUCGUCGAACAAUGGCCAUAUAAAGGUGGCACAGCUGAAAAAGGUCAUCCCGCAGAACCUAUUGCGCACUGGCUGUCAAAGCUGCUCUAUUUACUGAAACUUGUUGGGGAAGAUGAAGUGGCUCUCGCCCUUGUUCGGGAUUCCUUCGUUACAUUCGCGGAUACAGCCUAUAAAGAUAUCCUGAAGGACUGUUUCCUUUGGAAGAUGAGUAAAGAGAAGGCGAAAGAGGCACUCAAGAUGGCCACUGGUGCAGACUUUAGUGGCUCUGAAAGGUCUAGCACUUCUCCAAACCCACCAGAUCGCCCAAUAGAGCCGAGCAAGUGUGUGAAUAUGGUUGACGUUGAACUUCCGCCGGAAGAGGAUGAAAAACACGCUGGUUUGAAUCGCUGGAGGAAGAAGGAUAUUGAGGAGAGUAUUGAUGAUGGAGACAUUGGGGACUUGCUCUUGUGCCUUUGCUCAAAACACAUCGAAAUUCGUAUGCAAGCUGCCGUGAACAUCCGCCAGCUCGUUGCGAAACUCGAGGCGAAUAAAGGGUUCGACUUAGCACAAGUGACGUUACUCCUAAACGAGACUCUGGAAACAGUACGACGAAGUGGAGAUGAAACACCCCUGCCAUAUGUGGGUGGUGUCUUCGCUGCUCGAGUCGUGAAAGUCCUGGCCGACCCAACCCAUGUUCUGUUCGGAAAGGUCAACAUGUUUCUUUUGAAACGACCACAGUGGGUCGUUGAAAACAUUCCACGGUACUUUGGGAGGAGCAUCAUCCGGAAUGAGCCAGAGCAAGACGAUUCAUAUCACAAGGAAGUAGCCUGGUUCCUUGACUACCUUUUCGACUCACUACGAACUCCGCAGGAUAUGGAAAUCUUCAGGAUUAAGAACAUUUUCGAGACUCUUCUUUCCUAUUACGAAUCCCCUUCAUGCGCGAUCACGGCGAAGGAGAAGAUUCUUAAAAUUCUAUUCCGCGGGGCAGGUGUUGGGGGAAGCACAACUCUAAUCACUCGAUGUGGAAUUUUGAGCUGGAUACAAAUGAGACUGUCCAGCGCGGACCAUCGACACCAGACCUUGAAGGCAUUGGCUCUACGAAUUUACAACACAUGCGACAAAGAGAAGGUGGAGCAGUGGAGUGGCGGGGCAAUUGGAGAUAGCAUUUCUCUGUUGGCCAAGGUUGGCACGGGAUACGCAUAGGGGAUCUUU